UUAGGAGAAAACUGCCUUAAACUUAAAAAGAUAAACUAUUACAAAGAUUUGAACCACAAAGUAUAUAUCUAGAAUAAGUUGCAACAGCUAAUCAUGAAAAGCUUAAAAUAAACUACCAUUAACUAUUGUAAAUUGACUACUUUAAAGAAUUAUAAAAUGUAUUAUUUUACUACUUUAACGGCUAUUUAGUUGUUUGACAUUUGACAGUAUUUCAUGAAUAAAUCUUUAAAUAUGAUGAAUAGGUAUAGAAAGAUAAUUUCUGUUCUUAAUUUUAACCCAUAAAACAUUAUACAGACGAUAGAUGGAUGGAUGGAUGGGUGAGGUGUGAGAUGUUUCUCUGUUAUGCUGUCAGUUUUACUGCUGGGUUUACAUGCUCUGUCGGUCAUGCUCUGGUCUCCACUCGCUCUUAUUCGAUUAUGAAGAGCGGUCACGAGAGGCAGACACUGAGGUGCCGGUCAGUCUGCAGAAGGCAUGACAAGGUGCGGAGCCCUGGACCCAUUUAGGAUGUCUUGUUAGAGGUAGGCUUUUCCCCCUAAGAGGAUGCUUGCUCAGGGAUGAUCAAGUCGUUUUCGCAAGUCUCGGCUUCGAACAGAAGUUGCUGGUUUAUUCGGAGAUGUGUGUCGUCUUGCGCAUGCAAUAACAGAGUCAUGGCAGCUUUCAAAGGUGUUUGGACUCAGGAAUUCUGGCGAGCGGUUUCCGGGGAGUUCCUGGCCAUGUUAAUAUUUGUGCUGAUCAGUCUGGGUUCCACCAUCAACUGGGCAGCAAAAGAGGAGAACCCUCCACCCCCCGACCUCGUCCUCAUCUCUCUCUGUUUUGGCUUGUCCAUCACAACCCUCGUCCAGUGUUUUGGGCACAUCAGUGGGGCCCAUAUCAACCCGGCUGUUACCGCAGCAAUGGUUGCCACACGGAAGCUGAGCCUGGCAAAGGGUGUGUUUUAUUUGUUGGCACAGUGCCUGGGGGCGAUGGUGGGGGCAGCAGUCUUGUACGGGGUAACCCCAGCAGCAGUCAGAGGAGGACUGGGGGUGACUUCUGUCAAUGCUGGAAUCUCCUCUGGUCAUGCAAUUGUGAUUGAACUCAUAAUCACCUUUGAGCUCGUCUUCACCAUCUUUGCCACCUGUGACCCCAAACGCAGUGAUCUCAAAGGUUCGGCGUCAUUGGCUAUUGGCUUAUCAGUGUGCAUCGGCCAUCUGUUCGCUAUCCCAUACACUGGGGCCAGUAUGAAUCCAGCUCGCUCUUUUGGGCCUGCAGUCAUCAUGGGAAAGUGGAGCGACCACUGGGUGUACUGGGUGGGCCCUUUAAUUGGGGGUGUUCUAGCCGCUGCUGUGUAUGAAUAUUUGUUUUGUCCAGACCAUGACCUGAAGCGUCGCUAUACCGGUGCCCUCUCAAAGCUCCCCUUCCAGAUCGACCCAUAUCGAGUGGUGGACACAGAGGCUUUCCCCAACGAUCAAGCUCAGCUUAUGGUCAAGCAGGCAACAAUCAGAGUGCUGGACAUGGAGAGGGCAGAGAAGACGGAGAGAGAGUCAGCCAGAGAGGUGCUGUCGUCUGUAUGACUAGUGAGAGGCACUGAAGAGGUACAACAGAACAAUUAUGGCAAUAACCAGCUCAAAGAGACAGAUCUGAUCUAGAGUCACAGUGUGAGUUUGUAUAGACUUGUAAAAUCUGAUUCAAUAUUACACUCAAAACACUAGACUUUAAUGACAAAGAAUGAGACAAUGAUCCGACUUUACACAGACAAACAGCUAGUGAUUGCUUUAAGAUAUUGUUGACCAAAAAUAAUGUAUUUUGUAAAAUCAAUUAGGCAACUCACCCUCAUGCUGUUCCAGAAUGUUAGCCACAGUCACCAUUCACUUUCAUUGGAAGAAAAAGAUGCAAUGGAAGUGAAUGGUGACAGGUUAUCGUUCUGCAUAAUAUCCUCUUUUGUGUUUUACGAAAGAAAGAAAGUCAUAUGAGUUUGGAACAACAAGAGGGUGAGUUAAUGAUGACAAUUUACAUUUUUGGCUCAACUAUCCCUUAAACACACUUCACUGUAUGCCAGUCAGAAUCCAGACACACAUAUCCACAGCCCUCAUAUCCAAUAGUAUCCACUAUUAUUGUUUUUAGCCAAUCACUGUGCAUUCCCUUAGCAAAUGCAUCCCAUUAUCCGUUCUCAAUGACUCAAUCACAAUAAUGAAAUGGGAUUCUCACACUUAGGUAAAUGUAACAGUUUUGUUUGGUCUGUGGGUUAUUACCUGGCAACAGGGUUGGGGAGUAACAGAAUGCAUGUAAUGGGAUUACGGAUUUAAAAUACAAAAUAUAAGUAAGACAGACAGAGAAGUAAGUUUGAAGUAAGUUUGGAGCAGAAGAAAUAGAAAUAAACCUUGUGUAAAUUGUCAGCUUUACGCUAAGCUAAAAUGCUAUUUCUAGCCAUUUUACAUGCACAUGUUACCAGGCACGAUCAUAUUUUUUUAUCAAGUAAAUUCAUGUUGGAUCAUAAUUUCUUUUUUCUAGUAAGACCUUUGAUAUUAGGGCAAAAAUCAUAUUCUUGAUGAUAAUUUUGUAUUGUUUUCCUGUAAAAAUAUCUGAAAAUAUUUAAAACAAGAUCAAUUAGAUUUAUCUUGUUUUAGAAACAACACUGCUUAAGAUAUUUAAGUGUUUCAGAGAAUGUAUUUUUAACAUGUGUAUUUUGUCUUACUGUACUGGCAGAGUUUUUAUAGUCAAAACAAUUGAAAAAAAUCUACCAGUGCUGAAGAAGUAAUCCAAAGUAUUUAGAAUACGUUACUGACCUUGAGUAAUCUAACGAAAUACAUUACAAAUUACAUUUUACAGCAUGUAUUCUGUAAUCUGUAGUGGAACCCUCCCAACCCUGCCUGGCAAUCAGGGGUCAUGAUUAGAUUAUCACUAUAAUAAUGCAUAUAAUUUUCCUUCUCAGUGCACUCUGUAUGAAUAAACCCCCUCGUCUCCUCCUGCACCUCCCUCUCCCUUACAUCUCUUGUAGAUUAUUUUUAAGUUGUUUUCUUUAUUGUUAUGAAUAUUAUGUCUUUAAAUAGUAUUGUCAAAAAUAUGUUUGAUUGCAGCCCUGAAUGAUUUAUGAUUUGAAUUUUGACCUAAAAUGCUUCAGAUUUUUUUUAAUGUAUGAUUUUAUGAUUAUAUAUAUGAGAGACACACUCACAGAACACAAUUAUAUAUUGUGCUUUCACCUACCUAUAGUCUCAAGAGCACGUGUACACAAUCAAAAAUAAUUUACUAGUGCAAUGUCAACUUUUUUCUUCUUUUAUCAUUCAAAAUUGAGUGAUUGUGUAAUUUUGUUUGAUAUCAUUUUCAGACAUGCAUCAUCACAAUAUCAGUUCUUUCAUGUUAAUAUGCAACUUUGUUAUAAAAUAAAAUCAUUUAAGUUGAUUAUUAUAUAACUGUGUGUUAUUAAUCAUGUUUGAUUCUUAUACGUUAUCAAUCAAAUGUUUGGACACACCUACACAUUUUUUAUUAUUAUUAUUAUUAUUUUCCAUAUUUUAUAAUGAUAGUGGCGCUAUAAACUAUGCAAUAAAAAAAUUUGAAUUGUGGGAAUUUAGUACUGGCCAAAAAUUUUAAAUCAAGUUUCCAACAAUAAUUUUCAAGCAAUCUUGAAUUUAUUUUGUGUGUCUAUUAGUAACCAGAUCUUCAUUGCUCUUAUGACAUCUCUUCAUUUAUCAGUGUGAGAAUUCCUGUAACAAGCAUUUACAUCAACUUACCAGCAGAGGGCGACACAUCAUUAAACAGCGCUGUUAACCAACGACUCCAGUAAUGUUGAGCAGAUUUGUUUAUCUGUUGUUGAGACACUCCAGAUUUUUGCUGUUUUUGUUUCUGGGGAAGAGGAGGGACCGUUUACCUCUUUUCUUUGGUGUGUGUGAUCAAACCAGGACUCUGUAGAAUGCAGUAGACAGCACACGAUGAUGAUGUUUCCCAAGUCAUUCUGUCUCUGCCACCCUGCAGGCUUGUCUCACUUUUAUCACACUUUAUUUUACUUACUAGAGUUGUGUGUGGAUGUAUGUGCAUGUGUGUACAUAAAAAAUAAAAAUAAAAAAGAA